UGAGCACCAAUUUUUGACAACACUUAAAAAUAUUGUGAUUGCGAUGAGGCCUUCUAUUAUUCCUUUUCACCCAAUCCGAAUUUUCGUCGCAGCCUUUACCAUCUUAGCGCCAAGUGCUUUUGCAUUCUCAUUCAAGCACAACAGCGCUGAUUGUGUGUAUCACCCCCCUCUCGCUAGUAGGAAAUAUUUUCGCCAGGGAACAGGGAACAGGGAACUUCAAAAAAAAGAAGAAACAAAAUCAUCAUCCAGCAUCAAUAUGACAGGAGGAAUUGACGAACAACGGGCCAAGGUGGGUCUCGGUGAAGGAAUUGUUUUUGGUUUGAUUUUGAUUUUCAAGUUUGUUCUGACCUAGUCGCCGACGCCUUUCUCUUUCUCGAAUUUUCCACUGUGCGUACCUGGAUCUCUCCGAAAUCGUUGCUAUCAACACAAAAACAAAACUUUCAAAAUAAUAACCAACGUUCGCAACACAAAAACAAAAUAGACGGCUUUGCUCUUUCGGGAAGCUCAGGGCCCGGGCCUGACCAUUGAAAUGAGCCUCAACAAAAUAUAUCAUUCGACCCGUUCAGAAUUUCAGCAAAUUGACGUUAUCAACACUUAUUUUGGAAAGACGCUAGUAACCGACGGUAAAACGCAGAGCGCGCAGUUUGAUGAAUUUGCCUAUCACGAAUCGCUGGUCCACCCGGCUCUCUUGAAUUUUGCCCACAACAACAAUGGGAAUGGUCCCAAGACGGUCUUGAUUGGUGGUGGAGGGGAAUUGGCCACAGCGAGGGAGGUCUUGCGGUAUCCAUCCGUAGAAAAAUGUAUCAUGGUGGAUUUGGACGGUACGUGACCAAGGAACGAUUGGUAAUUACUGCAACCGCGAACGAGAACAGCUGUGCAAAGAUUCUUGUCCGAGAACUGAUGUCACUUUUGCACCAGUUGCUGAAUGCGGCGCUGGAUUACAUGGCUUUGGUCAGACAAAAGGAAACAGUUUAGUGGAUGACAUGCUCUGAAAUAAAUCCCUAACAACUUGAGCAUCUGCGUACGUGUUGCUAUUGAAUCGUUGUAUCUGCCUUGAAUUUCAUGGAUUAAAAUUAUACUACAGAAAAAGUAAUCGAAGUCUCCUUAGAGCACCUGGAAGAAUGGGGCGGCAGGGAAGUAAUGAAGGAUCCACGCUUUGAGUUGGUAGUAGGGGAUGCCUAUUCCUGGAUAUUGGAGUGCAAAGAUAAAUUCGAUUGUGUAAUUAUGGAUAUCAGCGAUCCAAUCGAGGCAGGACCGGGUAUCAUGCUUUACACAAAGGAACUCUAUGAACAUGUUGUUACAGUAAUGUCACCAAAUGGUGUCUUUGUGACACAAGCAGGGAUCGCUGACUCCGUCCCAGCGCCCUACGCCACCGGCGGCGAACGCGACACGACAUGCUUUGGUCCCAUCCGCAACACACUGGCGGAAGUCUUUUCCUCCGUAUUGCCUUACACACAAAACAUACCGAGUUUUGGGACCGAUUGGGGCUUUGUGAUGGCCUAUAACAACUCGCCCGAUGGAUGCGGUGCCGAGGAAUGGAAGAAGAUGAUACCGCAAACUAUCGAUAAUCUUGUUGAAGAACAUAUUAGCGGUGGUGAAGCUUCGUUUAAGACGUACGAUGGAAUAACGCACCAGCGGAUGUUCCACCUCACAAAAAGUAAGUUUUUAGCGAAUGAAAGAAUCUGUCCAUUGCGGGACGCGCUCCGUCCUCAAAGCUGCUGAAGACAGGCCUGUAGACGGAACUUGGUGGACUUUCUGCAAAAAUUUUGCCGAUGCUCUCACAACCACUUUUUGUUUCUUGGUUCGGCUACCAUUUCUCUUCGUAUCUGGCUUGUUUCAGCUGUCCGAAAGCAACUGGCGGAAGAUGAUCGUAUCAUGACGAAGGAUCAACCAAUAUUCAUGUACUGAUCAAGUAUCGAUAACAGUGUUUCGGCAGAUCAACGAUACAAUGAAUAAAUUCAUUAAGAGACCGAAAAAUGAACAGUACUGUAGAAGGUCAAACCUCGCAAUCCUUGGAUUUCAGCUGUAGCGAACCCAGAAUUUUACUACGUAAUUCGAGAGUAGAGUGCAAGCAGAUUUGCACUAUGCCAUAUUAGUAGAGCAUAUGUUGUGGGCUUUAUUUUCCAGCCUCAUGGUUCCUCUCUUGGGUUCGAAUUUGAGAAACUAUGAAAUGCAUCUUUUGACCAACGCAUCAUUCAAUACGUAAUAUGUAAUAUCGUUAUAUUUUAUGGACAAAUGUCUUGACUGUCAAAUUGCACAGGCUCAAUUUUUUCUUGAGUUUGAAAUUCUCAAAUUCCUGGAGCAGCUGCCUCGGCUGCCGCAAGAAGUGCCUUAGACUCACUCUCGGCUUCAAGUGUGAGCACCACAACAUCUUCGACCAAGUCGGCAUCUUUGCAAUUGUCUUGGAAAACGUCGAUAAUCUGAGCAAGUGUCUUCUGAUAUUGCAACCGGAUUUGAGCCUCGGCAUUGUAAAACUGCUGCCGCAUUCUAAGAUCAUCUCUCAAUUUUUCGUUGGCGGCCUUAAACUUAUCAAUGUUUUUCAUCACUUCGUCGGUUCCAGACGCAGCCUUUUUCGAAUUAUUUUUGAGCAAAUCGAAAGACUUUCCGGCGGAUUCAUUCUGUUCCACAAGUCUGUCGUUGGUUUCUUUAACCUUUUUGUAUUCUUUCUUCGCCUUGUCGUUAGAACUCUUCAACUUCUUGUUUUCUUUCUGUAAGAAGCCAAUCAUUUUCUUGCUUUCUUCCAGCUUCGACUUCUGGGCAGCAGCUUCCAUAGCUGGCGCCACGCCCUUUGUUAGGAUUUCAUCUUCAAGCUUCGUCCUAAACUCUUCCUCUUCAGAUUUGGCUCCUUCAGUACGCUCAACUAAUUCGGCCUUGGUCUCCUCAAAUCGUUCCUGGGCCUCCUUGAGCUGUACCUUCAAUUCUUCAAUACGAUCCUCGUAUUUAGAAUAUUCCUUCUUUGCGGAUUUUUCAGCUUCUUUAUUUUGUCGCUCGAUAUUUUCGAGCCAGGCUUUUUCCUCAGCUGCUUUCCUUCUCUUUUCCUCCCAUUUCUUCUGGUUGGCUUUCAUGAUUUCUACCUCCUUCAAAGCUUCCCGUUUAGCAUUCAUUGCGCGGGCAAAUCUCUGAAUAAUGAAGAUUGCAUUCUGACGAGCUUUUUGGCUUCCACGAAGCCUCAAGCGAGUGACGAAUCCACGUGCAAUCUUUUGAAGUAGGAUCGAAUGUUCUUCGAGUCCACCAGCGCGCUGGCUCUCCAAAUAUUCCAAAACACCCAUUUUGAAAUAGGACUUAGUUUUUCCGGUGACGAAGAUUGUGAUAGGCUUUCCAGUCUUAGGGUUGAUUUCUUUUAGAGGCGCGAGCGCACUUCCCAAAAUCUGUUCGCAAUCAACCUUCAGUUUUUCUUGAGGACUCAUGUCAUCAGUUGCCUUACUGGGAUGAGUACCUCUGUCCCAUAGUUGCCAGAAUUUGAAUCGAAUAGCAUCGUUGGCCAUUUGAUUGGGAAAUGCCGAUCGAGAAAGAGUUACUGCCGCAACAACACCAGCACACCGAAGCUGUUCAAUUGUACCCACAUGUUCCAUCAAAACAGGUUUCUUCGGCUUAUUUGGUUUGAUACAACGGAUGUACCGGGAAUUUGUCUCCUUCAGCUUUGUCAUCAAGGAAGAGAGUUGAGCUUUGUACUUAGUCCAAAUGGUGGAACCGGUAACGCUCGACUUCGCACGCUUCGGAGCAGCACGGACGGGCUCACUUGAUUUCGAUUGAAAGUUAGUGCAAGAGUCAUUUGUCAUGUGCUUCGCCAAAAUUUCAUUCGAAGACAAAUUUGCGGCUUCAGCCAAAUCUACAGGAAGAGUAUCCUGAUUACUUUCAACAAAGCCCAAGGCAUCGU